AUGAGCUACUUCCUGUCUUACUGCAAAGCGCACGGCGGCGCGCUGCUCACUGGCUACCAGGCCCUGCGCGCCGAGGGCUUCCUGUGCGACGUGACCUUGGAGGCUCAGGGCAGCGAGUUCCCGGUGCACCGGUCCCUGCUGGCCUGUUCCAGCGACUACUUCAGGGCCCUGUUCAAGAGCCACACGCUGGAGUCCAGGGCGCACGUGAUCCACCUGCACGUGCCCUCGGCGGCCGCCCUGCAGCGCCUGCUGGACUUCAUCUACACCGCCUGGCUGCCGCUCUCCCUGGACACCGUGGAGGACACGCUGGAGGCCGCCAGCUACCUGCAGGUCCCCGGGGCCCUGGCGCUGUGCGGCCGCUACCUGGAGCGCCUGCUGGCGCCAGACAACUGCUGCUUUGCGGCCAAUGUGGCCGCGCGCUUCGGCCUGGCGUCCACCCUGGCCGCGGCCGAGCGCUACAUCGGGCGCCACCUGCGCCAGCUGCUGGCCCGGGGCGCAGGCCCCACGGGGCUGCUGGAGCUCAACCCCGGGUCCUUGAGGGCCGUGCUGGGGGCCCCCGACCUGGCGAGGGUGCCUGAGGCCCGGCUGCUGGGCCUGGCGCUGGCCUGGCUCCGCCAGGAGCCCGCGGCUGAGCGCCUGGCCCACUGCACCGAGCUGCUGGAGCGUGUCCGCUUCGGCCUGGUCCCCGCAGACACGCUGCGGCCCUUGUACUCGGGCUCCGGCCUGGCACUGCCCACCCGGGUCAAAGGCCUCAUCAUCCAGGCGCUCACCUACCACUCCGCGCCCUCCCGCCAGCCGCUGCUGCAGGGCGAGCAGACCAGCGUGCGGAGUCCGCAGACCCGCAUCCUCCUGGUCGGGGGGCGCCGGGCACGGGAGGCGGUGACCGAAGAGGUCAUGGUCAUGGUCAUGGUCCCCCGAGGGGCGGCCAGGGGUAGGGCAGCUGCAGUGGAACCAGAGGAGGAGGAGGAAGAGGAGGCGGAGGAGGCAGAGGAGGAGGAGUGGGAGCUCACCCAGGACGUGGUGGCCUUCGACGUGUACAAGCACCGCUGGCACAGCCUCACACGGCUCCCCGCGCCGCUUGUGGGGCACAGCGUGUGCACGAUCGGCAACUUCCUGUUUGUCCUGGGCGGGGAGAGCCCUUCCGGUGGAGGGGCCUCCUCCCAGAAGGCCGACGGCCCGCGGGAGGUCACCGCCCUCGUGCACCGCUACGACCCGCGCUUCCACGCCUGGACGGCGGUGCCCGCGAUGCGGGAGGCGCGGGCACAUUUCUGGUGCGGCGCCGCGGGCGGGGGGCUGCUGGCCGUCGGGGGUCUGGGCGCGGGCGGCGAGGCAUUGGCCUCGGUGGAGAUGUACGACCUGCGCCGGGACCGCUGGACCCAGGCCGGGGCGCUGCCGCGGGCCCUGCACGGCCACGCGGGGGUCGUGGGGGACCUCGGGAUCGUGUACAUCUCCGGGGGCAAGGCGGGGAGGGGCGAGGGCGGCGCGAGCAGCUUGAGGGACGUGUACUCCCUGGGCCCCGGGGACCGGGCCUGGAGCAAGAGGGCGCCCAUGGGCACGGCCCGCUUUGGGCAUCAUAUGGCCGCGCUCCGGGGCGCUGUGUUCGCCUUCCUGGGGCACUACGAGCCCUUCUCGGAGAUCGAGCGUUACGACCCCGGCGCCGACCAGUGGACUCGGCUGCGGCCGCUGCCCUAUGAUCGCUUCUGCUACGGGCUGGCGGUGGUGGAGGAGACGGCGCUGCUGCUGGGCGGCGUCAAGUGGCGGGACUCGCGCCAGGUGCCCACCCGCAACGUGGUGGGCUAUGACCUCGACCUUGACCGCUGGGAGGACAUCGACUGUGCGCUACCCUGGGCCUGGAGCGGCCUGCAGUGCGCGGUGCUGCAGCUCCCGGAGGGUGCUGAUGAUGAGACAGAGGGAGAGGCUGGAGAUGCUCCAGAUUUAGUGUCAGGCUUAAGGAGUUAG